AGCAGUCAAGCUGGACACCGCCGCAUCGCCCCCGACUGCCAGAGCCUCAGCCUCAGCCCUGCCCAUCCCGCUCUCCCCCAGGAACCCUCAUCCUCACUGCCAGCCCCUCUGGAACACACACACCACUGCUCCAGACCACCAGGAGGAGGAGUAUGUAAGCGAGGCCACUGCCAAUUAUGCUUCCAGGAAUUGCAGGGAUGCAGAAACCAUCACAGAUGUGUGUAACAGCACUGAUCUUCCUGAGGUGGAAAUCAUCAGUUUGCUGGAGGAGCAGUUGCCUCAUUAUAAGCUGAGAGCUGACACUAUAUACGGCUAUGACCACGACGACUGGCUCCACACACCUCUCAUCCCACCCGACGUCAACCUCGACCUGACCACUGAACAGAUCGAGGAGACCCUCAAAUAUUUCCUUCUAUGUGCUGAUCGAGUGGGCCAGAUGACUAAGACAUAUAAUGAUAUAGAUGCUGUGACACGUCUCCUGGAGGAGAAAGAGCGGGAUUUGGAGUUGGCGGCUCGAAUUGGCCAGUCUCUGCUGAAAAAGAACAAAACCCUCAGUGAGAGGAACACCCUCCUGGAGGAGCAAGUGGAGCACAUACGAGAAGAGGUGUCUCAGCUACGUCACGAUCUGUCGAUGAAGGAUGAACUCCUGCAGUUCUACACAAGUGCAGCGGAGGAGAGUGAUGGAGAGUCUGCUUCUACCACACCUAUUCGCAGAACUGACUCCUCUUUUACGGUCCCGAAUUACCUUCCUCUAGAUUCACUACAGAAGAAACUCUUUGACCUGGAGGAAGAGAACAUCGUCCUGCGAUCAGAGGCAAAUCACUUGGAGACCGAGACCAUCUCGUAUGAAGAAAAGGAACAACAGCUUGUAAAUGACUGUGUUAAAGAACUCAGAGAUGCCAACAUACAGAUCUCUACGAUUGCGGAGGAGCUGGCUAGGAAAACAGAGGAUGCCUCUCGGCAGCAAGAGGAAAUCACACACCUCCUCUCUCAGAUCGUGGACCUGCAGAAAAAAGCUAAAUCUUAUGCACUAGAAAACGAAGAGCUCACCCAGCACUUGGGAGCUGCUAAAGAUGCCCAAAGAGCACUAACAGCAGAGCUAAGGGAGCUGGAGGAUAAGUAUGUUGAAUGUAUGGAGAUGCUUCAUGAAGCUCAGGAGGAACUGAAGAACUUCAGGAAUAAAACGCUGCCUCUAAGUACACCGCGACGAUUCCACUCUCUCGGCCUCUUCCCCAUGGACUCUUUAGCUGCAGAAAUUGAAGGAACCAUGAGAAAAGAGAUUCAUUUGUCUGAUCCAGACGUAGAGGAACAAAGGUUGUACCCUAAACGUGUCUUUGAGACAGUGCGUAACAUCAACCAGACUGUUCGGCAGCGUUCCAUGGGCCCAUCCCCCAUGAACAUCCCAGGGUCCAAUCAGACAUCCUGCAUGAAUUCCAGGCAUCCUAGUUGUCUGAGCACACCCCGUUCAAGCAUGUAUGGAGGGGACGGUGUUGAAAUGGACAACCGCACUAACAGUAUGCUAAUGGAAACCCUGUCACAUCAGGACAGCUCUGAUGACUCCAACAGAAAGCCUGGCAUACCUGGCACACCCGGCUCUCGUGACCUGGAGGCAGCACUGCGUCGUCUUUCCCUUCGACGAGACAACUACAUUAGCGAGCAGCGUUUCUUUGAGGAGGAGAGAGAGCGUAAACUCAACGCCCUGGCAGAAGAGAAGAGCGAAUUGUACGAGGAGAGACAUGGUGGGAGUGGCAGUGAAGACGGCGGCCCCCUCACUCCGGCAGAAAGCAUCAUGUCUCUGGGCACCCUGCACUCAGUUUACUCCAUCUACAGCACCCGAUCCUACCUGCCGGAGAAACUCCAGAUCGUCAAGCCACUGGAAGGUUCGGCCACUCUGCACGCAUGGCAGCAGCUCGCUCAGCCCCACCUGGGCGGCAUCCUGGAUACGCGGCCGGGCGUCGUGACCAAGGGCUUUCGAACACUGGAGCUGGACCUGGAAGGGGUGUACCAAUUCACUGACCUGGAGGAAGAUGAGGCAGGACUGCGUUCCCCUGCCACCUCUACCUCUUGCCUGUGCUCUCUGCCUUGUUCACCUGCUUUGCGACGACCUUUUGCCAACAAUCCUGAUAACCAGGAUGAGCAGCUCAGUAAAAAUGGAGGGAACCCUGGAGUGAGGUCAGACCAAAUGGAAGCUGUAGAUGAGGAGGUCUUAUCUGUUCAUUUCCCUGGUAAAUGUAUGUCUCACACCAGCUCCACAUACACCUUCACCACCUGCAGGAUCCUGCACCCUUCAGAUGAACUCACCAGAGUCACACCCAGUCUUUUGUCAGGUCCAUCACUGGCUUCCUGUGUGAUGUCACACAGCAGUCUGCGCUCCACCCCUGUGUCCACCCCCUGCACGCCUCGUCGCCUCAGCCUGGCGGAGAGUUUCACCAACCUCCGCGACUCAACCAAGACCACCAGUACCUCUCUGGGACUAGUGCGCCUCCUACAGGAGAGAGGUAUAUCUGCUGCUGUCUAUAACCCUCUCAGUUGGGACAGGGUGGAUCGAGCCCCUCCAACAGACCCCUGUUCAUCACACACUGUCACCCCCAUGCACACUUGCCUGGACACUCUCCCCUCCACCCCUCCAAACUCCCCCAGCAAAACCAAACCCACCAGUCAUGUGUUCCCUGUAGACUACAGCCCAUCAGACCCCCCGUAUGAAACCUUCCUGGCUUCACGGCCAGCCAGCUCGAUUCUGAAGGAAGUGCUGGAGGCAGACAAAAGGGCUCGGACAGACAUACAGUGUCAGACUGAAGUUAGUGUGCAGAACUUGAGACUGGUGGACAAGGUGAAGAAGUUUAGCCUGGCUCCCAGAACUUUGACCCCAGGGAUGGGAAGGCCGGGACCGCCAUUUGGAGCCCACGCUGUUGUAACCUCCCCUAUGGGGGGACUGCCAGUGCUGAACUCAGGGAUGAGAAGAAACCGCAGUUACCCAGCUAUGGUUGGGGCUAGUAUGGCUAUGAAGGGCCCGGGGCCCCCCAGUGAGGACGUGAUGUUGGCCCCUGGGCCACCCAGACGAACUAGCCUCAAUGAAAAGUGAAUGUUGCCUCUCUGUUGUCCCCUUUUGCUUUCAUUUAUUUGUAAUAUGCAUUGAUACAGUAUAUCAUCCCUGUGACAACUUGAGUGCCUGUUAUCAAGAUGAUAUUUGUAUAGAUUAUUUUGCUAUAACAACAUAUUUUAUCUAUUUCUCUGUCCAUCUGACCAGCAUUUAAGAACAAUUCAUUCAGCAUUGUCACAGACUGUAUCUUGGUAUAUUCAAAGCUUUUGUCAUUGUGUGAAAAAAAAAAACUAAUGGAAUUUGCACUUGAUAGCUGCAAAACAAUGUAGCAUAUGAACAGAGCAGAAAAUUCAUACCCCCAAAUUACUUUUAAUUUAAGCACUUUUUUUAAUCUACUCAAGGAUAAAAGGACAAGCAAGAAAGUGUAUUUUUUGUCAUUGUUAAUCUUCCAAUUUAACAUUUCAAAAUUGUUUCAUUUCGUGAUGUUAUCAAGAGCACUAAUAGCACCUUAAUGCUAAUGGUAGCCUAGACAAUGAAGUUAUAUCAUUUAUAAUUAUUUUUAGGUCAGAAUUUACUUUUGAAUGGCCAUGUUGUAGCACUUUAUAUCAGCCCCUUUAGUGUGCCAGAAAUCUGUAAAACAUGGUUUUAUUAGAACAAAUACCAUCACAGAAUCCUUUUCCAUAUAGUCCAGCUAAUAAAAUAAAGACAGUGUAAAAGGCUUAUUAAUGCAUUAUAUAAAAGGAAUUAUAUUGUAAUACCAGAGUUCAAUAUCGCGACUCUCAAUAGGCGCUGACAUGAAUUAGUGAUAAUUUGCACAUUAGCACAAACUCUGUUUUACAUCCUCAUAAGUCGACUGACUGAAAUACUUCAGAGAGAAACAGAGACCACGGGCCUGUGAAGGUGCUGCAUGGAGAAUUGCAGCAAGUUUGAACUUGAAACACAAUCAUGUUCAUGUUAAGACAUCUUUUAAUGACGUUUUGUUGAGACCAAUAUUAUUUAUAGGUGUGGAUGUACAUGCCAUUUGGAAUUGCAGUAUCGAAGGCUUUAUACAAUUUCAUUGUUCAAAAGUAUGUCAGGUUCAAAUGAAAAAAAAAAAA